AUUAGAAACUGAUGCAUGGAUCCAUGACUCGAAAGCCAACUUUUUUUUCUCUCUCUUUCUUCAUUUCGUUUGAAAAGAAUAUGUAUCUAAAAAUAAUUUGAACAAAAUCUGACCCUAUUUUUGUUGUGCUAAAAUCAAAAAUGAAACAACAAUACCAACAACAAUAACAGCAGCAGCAGCAGCAGCAGCAAAACUUCUUCAAAGACGUUCUGUUCAACGGUCGACUUUGACUAUACAGUAUAGUCUAAUGUUGUUGUGUAUAUCUGGCAAUUUGUAUCUAUUCGAAUGAAGAGAAGAGAAAGAAAAAUGAGGCGACUGCGAUGCGUUGCAUAUGGGCUCGUCUUGCCACGCACAACCGCAGCCUUCCUUUCAGAAUCAACGAUUCGUUUCUUUGCGACUUUCGUUCAUCGUACACUGUGUGUUUUUUUCCUAGCUAUUUAUUUUCGUGUGUGACUAAAAAGAGAAAAGAAGAGAUUUGCCGGUACAAAAGAACUCGUUUAUAGAUAUAUCUCUUUGUGAGAGGCGUUUCACAGUUUGUCAAAUGACGAAAAUUUGAGAACACAAGCAACACAGAGUACAAUCGGCUAUCCUACGAUCUUACUCGCUAAAUUCCGUUUUUUUUCUCAUUGAGAUUUUUAGAAUCACCUUCGAACGAUCGCCGAGCGAAUUUCUCACAGGUUAUCGACCAAAAUGGAAAACAAUUCUGCGCUUGAAAUACGCAAACUUGUUCAUGCGUCAAUCGAUUUCAAUAACCAUAACAUACUUUCUCAUACUUGAGAGCAUGUUUGUGUGUGCGUGUGGUUUUUGAUUAGGUCAAUAUCUUCAUCGGCGUUCCCACUGUUUACCAUUUCCGUACAUUUCUUUCUAUUCUUGGCGCUGGUUCGCAUAUUCGCAUCGGGCCAAAUCGUCGAAAGCGUCAAAAUAUACAACGAAAAAGAAAAAUAGUUUGACAAAAGCAAUUUGACCACCGACAAUAUUAAUCGCAUUAGUAUUCGCACACAUGAGCGGCGCUCAUUCAAAUGGAUACGACACAAAUUUUCGAGAAAAAAAAAUUAUUGCUGAAUUUUUGUUGUUUGAUGUGACGAGAAAAAAAAAACACCACCAAAUGUUUAUAUUAUAUAUAAAUUGUUGUUUGCAUCAGGGCAUAUUUUAAGGAAUUCCGAGGAACUACCGGAAAAAUAUAAAAAGAUGAAAAUGCGGCAAACUAUAGGCAGGGUACACAUUUUUUUUUAAAUUUACUUCGGCCUAUAUGGGCAUAUACAUUUAAAAAGCUCAUGAUCGUAACAUGAAAAAUGUGAAUUUUAAAUACGUUUUUCCUGCGAAAAUGAUAAGAGAUAAUGAAUUAGUGUGUUCAACAAAGCUUCGGAGCCUAACUAAUUCUAUAACUUUGUUGGAGAUAACAAUUCGUUAUCUCUUAUUAUUUUCGCAAAUUUCAUGUAACGUUUGACGUUUCUAUUGAAGCGACAAUUCAUGUUACGGUUUUAAAAAACAAAUUAACUGUAAUAAUGCGAAUUUUAUUCUCAGCUCACGAUUAAACUAUCAAUGUCGCGUGCAUCGCAAUAAAAUUGACACCGAAUGAUUUGCUACUUUCAAUAUCGCAUUAUUUUUUCGUAUUCUGCUCGUUGAGCAUUGCAAAGUGUUCGGUAGCAGUACCGUAACUCUUUUCGGAAAAAAUCUCCAUUUCAUAAUUUUUUUAAUAAAUCGCUUUGAUUUCUUUCCAGCAGAUGCAGCACUCUUUAUUUAUCUUUGCGGUCUCCGUUAUCUAAAAUAAUGCUCGUCAAAAUGCAUAGAACCGAUAUAAUAUUGCUUCUAAAUAAUAUCGGCUUAAAAUAAGUUUUUAGCAUCGUUAGAAGCAAAAUGUACAGAAAAGGUUUUCAAUUAUAUGUAAAUUUUCAACUACCGCAUUUUUCGUUGAGAACUAUUGGAUUAGGAUUUGAAACUACCGGAAUCCGGUAGAACUACCGGUUAAAAUAUGCCUUGAUUUGCAUGUGUCUUUGUCAUUUUCCACCAUUUUCACAUACAUUCUCGGUGAAUCCAUUCAGAAUUUUGUGUUGCACAUUUCGUCACAACUCGGAUAUUGUACUUUGAAUGUUAUCCUCUCGUUCGCGUUAUUCUUUUUUCUCGACAUAAUAUACACAUAAAUUUUCUUUCUGUGCCGCGGGCGGUGUAUUUCUGUUUGAUUUUAAGUGGUUUGUAAACAAAACGGCGAGCAGUGAAAUCAAGUUCGUUCAAAGUUCAAUAUCCAAACUCUUAAAUGCGCGACACAUCGCUAAUUUUCUCAAUCGCAUUCUGGGAAAUAAGACUGAAAAUGUUAGGAGAAAAUUUUAUGAAAUCAAUUUUCCAACCAUUGACUUUUGACAAUUUUAUUGGGAACAAAACAAGUCAUAAGCAAUUUCAAGAGGACACACUUGAAAGAAAAAGAUACUCCCAUAUGAAAAUUCACACCGUUCAUUCGAAUCAAAAUACGUUGAAUUAUGAUCGAAAGACUGUCAACGAAUGAUUUUUGUAAGAAAAAAUACAUCGAAUCAAAUCCAAAAAUAUUCCGCUGUGUUACGCAAUCCAUGUUCAUUUUUAAUCUCAACAUGUGUAUGUGGUUCAAACGAUAAUGCGAGGUGGCAUUUGGCGCACUAUCUAUUUAUUUGCUUGCUUUUCACUACAUCGGACUUGAAUAGCGUAUGUAGAAUGAACAAUCGAUCUAAUCGAUUUGCCAUCAACUCAAGUGCACUUGCCUAUUACUUCAUGUAUAUUCAAUGUUUUGAUAUAGUGAUAAUGUCGGAAUGGCCCAUAGUAACGACUCGGGCAGCGAUCACGAGUAUACAUGAGUAUGGGGAAUAGAUAAAAACCAUGUUUUUUCCCCGAAAAGUCACAGAGUCAGCUAUAUUCAUGUAAAAAUGACUGUUUUAUAACGUCCGACAUCAAUCAUGUAUGGCGGUGAUUUCGGAUGCCACUGUGAUAUCUCACAAAAACUAUAACCAAUAAACAAGUAAGACUAUAAAACAAAUGUUGUAGGAAAAAUUUCGAAAAUAGUUGUAAUCUUUGAAUAUUUGUCACGCUACGAAAAAAGGCGGAUAUCUGCGCGUCUGUUUUUUUUCAGUCAUUUUUUCUCGUUAUCAUUCUUUUUUUCUGACCGAAUAGUCGUGUACUUUCAUCGAUUUAUCACGCUUUCAAUGAUUUACUAUCGAACUAUGUCGCACAGUCAAAACGCAACGAAUGCAUUCAUGACUUAGCUGCAAUUUAUUACAACGUCACUUUCAUUCAAGUCACUUUCUUUCGUCUUGAUUAGAGAUCAAAUUACCCUUCUUCGUUGUCGUUUUUAUUCUGAAAGAUGUGUGGCGUGUUUGUUGCUCAACGUUCAAAAAGUUCAAAAUCGACUUUCAACAUUCUAUACCCAUUUCAGUUUACACUCGUAAAAGCCAACCGUAUUUCUGUCAACGUUUGACUGUUGCUGUGACUGUUAGAAUACAUGCAUUGAAUGUGUGACCUGGGCACGUAAAUCGGUGAGAUUGUGUACUAGUGAUAAAUUCUAAGCAAGAAAAGCGCCAGCCAAUCGUCUUCGUGUUGUUUUUUUUGUUGUUGUUGUCCUUUUCUUCUUUUUGAGUAUGUUUGUGUGUGCGUGCAAUUAAAUGAGUGUGUUUGAGUUGUUCAUUAAAAGUAGCGCGGCUUGAGCGUGUAAAUACGUAUUAAUUACCAAAUCAGAUCAGUUAAAACUGUCGUAGCGACCGGUCGCAUUUUCCAAGUACACUUCAUCGUAAACGCGGAAUUUUGUGUUUUUUUUCCUUCGUCUUCUUCUUCCAAUUUCUUCCCCUCACUUCCAUUCGCAACCAUUCGACGCAACCAAAAACUAAUCAAAAAUCAACCGAAUCAGCAAUUACAAUUAAGACUAUUUGCAUUUUAACGUUAAAUCAUCGUGAAUUUUUAAAAUAAAGAAAUGGCGAAGGAGAUUUCCGCUAAAGUGCGACCAGCAUCGGAUUAUUGCACAACAAAACGUGAAGAAGCGGUUAAGCUUCGUAUUGGGAGCGAAGGUGUUGCCGCAUUAGAACCGGUCACAUUACCUUAUGUGUUGUACCGUACGGCCAAGAAUCAUCCAGAUGUGCCAGCGCUGAAACACAAAAAUGCCGAUAAUGUUUGGGAAACCGUUACGUACAGUCAAUAUCGGGAAAAUGUUCUGAAGACCGCCAAAGUAUUCAUCAAAUUAGGCUUAGAACCAAAAAACACCGUCGCCAUCCUGGCAUUUAACUCACCCGAAUGGUUCUACUCGGAAUUAGGUGCUAUUCAUGCUGGUGGACUAGCGGCUGGCGUAUACACAACAAAUUCCCCAGAAGCUGUUUAUCAUGUGCUUGAAAGCUCGAAUGCAAACAUUGUCAUCGUGGAUGACACCAAGCAAAUGGACAAAAUUAAAGAAAUUAAACAUCGUCUGCCAAAUCUCAAAGCAGCCGUCCAAUUGUACGGACCAUAUGAGCCCUACGUCAAACGAGAAGACGGUUACUAUCGGUGGUCAGAGAUCCAAGAAUUGGACUUGAGCGAUGUCGAAGAAGAGUUGGAAAAGCGUAUGGAAAAUAUUUACUCAAAUGAUUGCUGUGUUUUGGUGUACACGUCUGGAACUGUUGGAAAUCCAAAAGGUGUGAUGUUAAGUCACGACAACGUGACAUGGGGCUCGAAUGCGGUGGCUCAUUGUUUGACAAAUAUGGUGAUCGGUGGCGAGAAUUUGAUAUCAUAUCUUCCGCUUAGCCACAUUGCAGCACAGAUGAUUGAUAUUUUCAUUGCGAUAAACUAUGCGGCAACCGUUUAUUUUGCCGACAAAGAUGCUCUGAAAGGUUCUCUCGUGAAAACGCUUCAAGAAGCAAAUCCAACGCGUUUUGUCGGUGUGCCACGUGUUUACGAAAAGAUUUAUGAGAAAAUGACUGCGAUUGGUGCACAAAUUACCGGCAUCAAAAAAUUGAUCAGCACAUGGGCCAAGGGUGUUACAUUACAGCAUUGGCAAGAAGCGAUCGAAGGCAAAGAUUGUCAAUCGCUUCAAUACAAAAUUGCCAAAAAUUUCAUUUUGUCAAAAGUAAAAGGUGCACUGGGAUUGAGUCAAUGCAAACUAUUGAUCACGGCUGCCGCACCAAUGUCCCCAGAAAUUAAGCAAUAUUUCAUGAGCUUGGACUUGCCACUGUUUGAAGCGUUCGGUAUGUCAGAAUCGGGAGGCGCUCACUGUGUGUCCACGUCCGAUUACUUCAAUUUAACAACGAUCGGAAAACCAUUGCCUGGUGUCGAUACAUUGAUUGCAAACAAAGAUGAAAAUGGUCAUGGCGAAGUUUGCAUGCGCGGACGACACGUUUUUAUGGGCUACAUCAACGAACCGGAUAAAACAACAGAGGCACUUGACGAAGACGGCUGGCUACAUUCGGGUGAUUUGGGAUGCAUCGAUCAAAAUGGUUUUAUGUACAUUACGGGUCGAAUCAAGGAGCUGAUCAUCACAGCCGGUGGCGAAAAUAUCCCACCGGUUCAUGUCGAAAAUUUGGUGAGAAAAGAAUUGCCAGCUCUUAGCAAUGCAUUCCUCGUUGGUGACAAACGCAAAUUUCUCACGAUGCUUGUGACUCUUAAGACUGAAAUGGAUCUGGAAAGUGGAGCACCAAAGGAUGAAUUGGCUCCAGACACAAUUUCAUGGUUCAAAACAUUAGGUGUUGAAUAUAAAAAAUUGAGUGAAGUCAUUGAAGCUGGACCCUGUCCAAAGGUAUUCGCUGCAAUAAAUGAAGGCAUUGCUCGUGCCAAUAAGCAUGCAACAUCGAAUGCGCAAAAAAUCCAAAAGUUUACAAUUUUGCCAGCGGACUUCUCCAUACCGACGGGCGAAUUGGGGCCCACACUCAAAGUGAAGCGUAAUGUUGUAUCGAAAAAAUAUGAAGAUACCAUUGAACAGUUCUAUGUGUAAACCGAGUACUGCGUGUGUGUGUUUUCGAAUUUAUGUCACACUUUUCUAUUCGUCGAUAAGUUCUGUCUUAGAAGAUAGUCUGUCUUGAUAGUUUCAAUUUCCUAUUCGUUUUUUUCUCUCUCUAUCGUUUCUUUCUUUUUUUUCCCUACAUAAAUACACCUAGAUAAGCUCAAAACCCUUGUACAAAAAGAAUAUAUACAAAUCAAACAGCGCACACUAAAGCCAAUUAAUAGUUGUUUUUUAACGUGAAAAAAGAGAGAGAGAGAGAGAAUAAGAAGAAGUUUAAGUCGCAAAAAUCAAAAUUCAUGGCAUGAAAUAUUUGUGACGGGGCUAGUUGUAGAACACAAAAUCUAGUUUAUGGUGUAAUAUGACAUCGCUUGUAAAAAGAGUAGCUACAAAAGAAAACAAUCGAUACAAGAAAGAUCGUAAAUAAUUUAGCCAAAAUAAAUUCGCACAAUUGCCAUUUCUACUUAAAUUGUUGUGUUAAGUAUUUAUUUAUUUUUUGUUUGUUCAUUAAUUGAUAAGCGAUAGAUCGAGCGCAUCGAUUUGGUGGAUCAGUGUACCUAAGUUUUUUUUUCGUUUCGUUUUCGGUCAAGAGCUCGUGUUUCUUUUUAUACAUAAUUAUUCAUAGAUGGGCUUGUUUUGGUUGAAUAUUUCUCAUUAAUUUGCAUUCACUUGUUGAAUGCUCGGAAAAACGAAGAAGAAAAAAAAGCACAAAAUUAUCAUUGAUGGUCGUCAAAGUUCACUUUCACUUUCAUUGGCGGCCAUUCAUUGACCAAAUAAGCCAAUUAUGUUAAAGAACAUAAUCAAGAAGAUUUACAUAUCAGCAUAUUACUUAACCGAUAACCGACUGCUUUAAUAUUUAUAGAGAAAAACAAAAACUAGAGAGAAAGAUGUCAAAGUAUAAUUGUCAGAACUGGUGGUCAUUCUGGCCUGGACAAGAAGAUUUUGUAUCGUAUAAGAAGUGAGUCGCAGGGUAAAUUAAAAACAGCAAUUGUUACAAUAUAUUAUAGCGGAUGAUAGAUUUCUUAUUUUAAAUGUAUGGCAAAUUAUUUUCUAAUGGGAACAAUAGUGAUUAAGGUUAAUUCAAUUCACAUAGAUAUAUACUGAAAAUAAAUAUUGAUACAUAAUCUACUGGA